UUGAAUCAAAAUUGCUUUUUAAGUUUUCACUUUCUUAAAUUGUAUUUUCCAAAUAUUUAUGUGUUUUAUUAAAUUGAAAGUCACCUAUUUCCAGAAUAGCUAGCGAGGAACCAAUGGCUAAGCCGGAUAGAUGGCCGCUGGAAGGAUAUAGCGCGGUCGAGGUACAUCACGUAGCACACUACGAGACAUCGCGGCUGGUGGAGAUCUGUGUAACUUCCUUUUUGUCCGCUGUCAAUGCCGAUUUAAUUGUGUAUCCACUGGACGUGACUAAGACGCGUCUGCAAAUCCAGGGUGAGCACGGCAAUCCGUACGCCAAUAUGGCCAAGUAUCGUGGACUCUUCGGCACGGCGCUGGGCGUCAUCAAGGAGGAGGGUUUCCUGAAGCUAUAUAGCGGCUUCUCGGCGCUGCUGCUGCGACAUUCGUUUGUGUCCGGGCUCAAGAUCGCCUCCUAUGACUAUCUCCGAUCAAAAUGGUCCGUGCGAACGGACGACAAGGUAACCAUCAGCAUGCCCUGCACAAUGCUGGCGGGUCUCGUAUCGGGCGCUUUAUCCACGAUCGCCAGCAAUCCUUUGGAUUUGGUCAAGCUGCAAAUGCAGAUGGAGAGCAAGCGCACCUUGCUGGGCAUGCCGCCACGUUCCACCGGCAUCCUGCAGGCGCUGCGAUUCAUCUAUUCCCAGGGCGGACUGCGCAGCCUGUAUCGCGGCCUCGGGCCCAAUAUAAUGCGUGCCUCCCUCUUUUCGCUUGGCGGCAUUAGCUUCUAUGAUUUGGGCAAGCACAAUAUCAAGAAACUUCUGAAUAGCGAGGAAAAUUUGCUGGUGCAAUUCCUGGCCGCCAUGGUGGCGGGAUUUUUCUGCUCGGCGCUCAGCUCUCCGGCGGAUGUGGUCAAGUCGCGCAUCAUGAAUCAGCCCGUCGAUGAUCAGGGCAGACCCCUGCGCUAUAAGAACAGCAUGGAUUGCCUGCAACAAUUGGUCAAGGAGGAGGGCCCAAUGGCCAUUUAUAAAGGUUUUAUGCCCUAUUGGAUACGCUGUGGUCCUUGGUUUCUGGUAUUCUGGAUGUCAUUCGAAGGCAUACGACGUUUUAAUGGAUAUGGCACGUUUUGAACAUGAUUUUUGUAGAAUCAUUACGCAGAAUUGACAAUUGGAAUUUGGAUUUUUUUUUUUAAGAAGAUUUUUAAACAUUUUUUGUGUAGUGCAAUGAAGAGAUACGUAGUGCAAUAAA